AUGCUAUCUGCGCCUAUUUUGACAACUGUUUUUCAAAAGCUAAGCAUACUAGACCGCUUGCUGACACCAGCCAUAGUGAUAUGCAUGAUUGUCGGGGUAUUCAUUGGCGAGUUCGUACCUGGCGUACAGCAGGCGUUUGACACCGUCAGGUUCUACAGCGUCUCCGUUCGUAAGCGCAAAUAUUGCGUGUUGUGCCCAACGAGACUACGGCCCCAAGCGCUUUAUCGUACUGGUUUGUCCAGUUCGUUUAAACCUCUCCCUUGA